AUGAUUUUAUUGUUGAGUCUGCAUAUCAUAUUGUAUGAGCGUUACUGGGACAAACUUGGGCAAAAGUUUAUGUAUGACAAAGCAACCAAUGAUGAGAUUCCAUUGUUGUUUGGGUGUAUAUAUGAUGGUGAUAGUGAUGUUGAUAUUGAUAUUGAUAUUGAUAUUGAUGUUGAUGUUGAUGUUGAUAUUGAUAUUGAUAUUGAUAUUGAUAUUGAUAUUGAUAUUGAUAUUGAUAUUGAUAUUGAUAUUGAUAUUGAUAUUGAUGUUGAUAUUGAUGUUGGUGUUUCAUUCUACUGA